AGAGAGAGCAUGCAAAUCGCCCAGCCCCUGUAAUAAACGCGUUUUACCCCUUUUGGAAACAAGCCUUGGUUGUUUUCGAUUAAACCCCCAAAAUGAAGGAAGGCAACGCAAUCUGGUGUCCUUUUGCAACCAACGUCCCGCAGCAGGUACCUUACACCAAGCCCGUCCAACCCCGUAGUCGGAAUCCACUUCCCGCUGCAUCCGGGUACACGCGCCAAACAGGCGGAUUCCCUUGUGUCGCUCCCCGCAAAAGCCCAGCCUUACCUCACAAUCCCGACCCACCCUUUCCGGACCGCGGGAUCGAUCUCAAACAAUGCCCACCCUCCGCCCGCGCAAGCGCCAUCCCGAAGCGCCCGCGCCUGCGUCCGAAUCAGCACCACCACCACCACCACCCCCUUCAGCCUCUUCCGCCACCACAGCAGCCGCCGCGCCUCUUUCAACGCCAGAUCUCAGGAAGAGAGCCACGCGGUCAACCACGGCCAAAAAUGAGAAACGGCCUGUUGUUGCUGCCGCUACUAACAUGAACCCUUCCGCUUCCUCCUCGGCCGACGAAGGCCGGCCGUUCCUUGACGAUGACGGCGUGGCAUCCGCCCCCGGUCUGGGUGUUGAGACGCCGUCGCCGUCCCCGGUGCCGGAUACGCGGAGCUGGGCGCAGCGGAACCAGUGGAUUGUUUUUGCGCUUGCGAGUGGGGCGUGCGCGGCGUUCAAUGGCGUCUUUGCUAAGCUGACGACAACGGAGCUUACGAGUACUUUCUCGCUAGGCAUUGCGCGCAUGCUGGGGCUUGAGAGUAUGGAGAGUGCCAUUGAGGUCAUUGUGCGAGGUUCAUUUUUCGGAUUGAAUCUAGUAUUCAACGGUGUGAUGUGGACGCUCUUCACAACCGCUCUUGCCAAAGGCAACUCGACGACCCAGGUUUCCAUCAUGAACACAUCGGCCAACUUUGUCAUCACCGCCGUCUUCGGCUUCAUUAUCUUCUCCGAAAGCCUCCCACCGCUGUGGUGGCUUGGUGCGGCUCUGUUGGUGGCAGGAAAUGUGAUUAUCGGACGCAAGGACGAGGGAUCUCCGAAAGAUGGAGAGGAAGCGGAGGGCGACGGCAGUGUUGCCUUGGGUUCUGGAGAUGAGAGCGAAAUGGGCGCGUUAAGACGGCGAAGUGGAGGCCCUAUCGAGGGGGGGGACGACGAAGCAUAUAAGGAUGAGGAUGUGGCAGACCUGAGGAUAUAGAGUGCGGUAAUGCAUUCGCAACUAGUUGAGUGAGGAGACUGAAUCGUUGAUAGAGCAUAGGUGUAUUUAUGUGUAUAUUAAAAAGCCGUUGUUCUUGGUGAGGUUUUGGAGGUUACAUUUAACACAACGAGACCUUGUCAAGCCGGAUUGAGUCCUCAUAACCCCAUGUUCCAAACUAGAAGCCAACGAAACAUUCGACUCACUCCCAGUUGAGAUCCUGCCCAAGAGCCCAUGCAAUUGAACGUAUGAGUGUGUACCGUACCCC